AGCCCAAAAUUAUUUUGAUCAAAUGAGACAAAUUUUAGGGGAAGAAUUAAAGUAUUCCUCAGCAAUCAAUUUUGUUCUAUCCUAACACAGCAUUGGAAUUUGUGAGGCGAGAAAUUAUGGACGUAUAGUGCGUAAUGGAAGACAGACGCAAAAUUAGUCAUACCGUCAUACGCCUAUAUAAUAAGGUGUACAAAAUGGCAAAAAGGGUAUCCUGUACGAAAACUUCACAGAUUUUGUUAGCAACUGACAAAGAGGAGACAAAAAAGAGAGUGAGAGGGUUCAGUGAGGUUUUUACAGCAAGGUAAGCAUGGCGUCUUCGUCAAGCGAAUUACGGACUCCUCCGCUUUCUGUCGAGCACACUAAAGGCGUCAAUGGCCUCGAAAAAGUCACUCUUCGCGUUCCUCGUGGAUUCUCUGCUGAGAUUUACCUAUUCGGGGGUCAUGUAACUUCAUGGAAGAAUGAUCAUGGAGAUGAGUUACUAUUUCUAAGCAACAAGGCUAUCUUUAAACCCCCUAAGCCAAUUCGUGGAGGAAUACCAAUAUGCUUCCCUCAGUUUAGCAAUCUUGGGACGUUAGAGGCUCAUGGUUUUGCCAGGAAUAGAUUUUGGAAGGUUGAUACUAACCCAUCUCUUGCUCCAACAUCUAGCAAUGCUUAUGUUGAUUUGGUUUUGACACCCUCCGAAGAAGACAUGAAGCUUUGGUCUUACAGUUUUGAGUUUCGUCUCAGAGUGGCAUUGGGUCUUGAUGGAAAUUUGGUUCUAACAUCACGUGUUAGAAAUAUCGAUGCAAAGCCUUUCACCUUUACAUUUGCUUAUCACACCUAUUUCUCUGUUUCAGACAUCAGUGAAGUAAGGGUAGAAGGAUUGGAGACUUUGGAUUUCUUUGACAACACGAAGAACAGGGAGCGUUUCACCGAACAAGGAGAUGCCAUCGUAUUUGAAGGAGAAGUUGACAAGAUAUAUCUCACCACGCCCAAUAAGGUUUGUAUUCUGGAUCAUGAAAGGAAAAGGACAUUUGUGAUUAAUAAAGAAGGUUUGCCAGAUGCUGUGGUUUGGAAUCCCUGGGACAAAAAGGCUAAGGCAAUGGUUGAUUUGGGAGACGAUGAGUAUAAGCAUAUGGUGUGUGUUGAACCUGCUGCAAUUGAAAAGCCUAUCACACUCAAGCCAAAUGAGGAGUGGAAAGGCAGGAUGGAACUAUUUGCUGUUCCAUCUAGCUAUUGUAGUGGGCAGCUUGAUCCAAAGAAGGUUCUGAUGAGCAGCUAAAGUUUUCACUGCUGUCGUCAAUACCAUGUACAGGUACCUUCCAAAAUCUAUUCUCUUUGAUUUUGCAGAUUGGUUGACCACUUUACUUUUCUUACAAGAGAGGCCAUAAAUCAUUACUGUACUUGGCCAUUAUUACGAGGUAAUUCUCUUUAGUUUGCUCUUGUUGAAACGUUAUGUGGUGUUUGCUUUCUGUUGACUGUUUUGCUUAGUUAUUUCAGUUUUUGGAAUGAAUAUUAAAACUUAGAUCUUAAUACACUAGAAAGGUAAGUACUUUAUUCUUCUUCUAGCCCUUAACUUCUGGUUGGAACACAAAACUUUCUCAAAAACAGACAUCUAGUUUCCCUUGAUUAUUCUAAACUUGGAUUCUGCAUAUUUUCAUAAGGUGUCUGGAUUUUAAUCUAGGGUCAAGCGAAGACAACUGACUUGUUAUUAAAAGGGUAAGGGUCAAUUGGGUGCCAUUUAACAUUGGGGUUAUGGCUCGAUUUCCGAAAAUGUGGAGUCGUUGAAUUGUAUUUUUAUACGUCAAUCGAGGCUGAUAAACCUUGGCUGCUAAAUAAAUCUGAUCUUGAAAGAACACAGAUUAUCUUUUCAUCUUUAUCUGGUUUUGAUCAUUUAAUUAUUAUUUUGGGUGACAGAUUUGUAUUUGUGGUGCUCUUUGCAAUGAAGUUUGGAGCAAUUAAAGUUAAAUUCGUGCAAGGUUACUCCAUCAAGUGACUUUUUUUUCCUGGUUUUCCUACAACGGGUAUAUUAUGGAGGAUUAUUGAGUUGAAAACUUGGUUAAAUAAUGUCUUGUUAUAACUUAUAAUUGGACGAGUAUUUUUGGUGGCUUGUCAAAGACAACACCACUAAAUGUGGUUUCAAAACUUGCUUCAUGUAAUAUCUUCUGCGUAGAUAAACAAACUGUUGCUUUUCCUCUUUGACGUAAA